UCCGUGCGUUUGUUGUGUGUUUUUAUUGAAACUGUUCGGGGUCACCAGGGUUAAGGUAGCGCUAGUAGGGAUAAGUCAAGCAUGCACGGAGCGAUUGGCAAUGUAAGAUCUGGCGGGGAGGAUUCUGAUCCGUUUAAAACUGUCGAAUUGGUAGAUCAUUAGCUGUACAGAAGACUUUUAUACUGUCUCACGCUCAACUUCAUAGUGACCAUUUUAGAUAACCAUGGCGGAUGAGGGUGGAGACUGGUUUACCGAUGCUGGUGACGAUGCACCACCGCCUUUACCAGAAUUAAAAAAGUCUGCUCCUGCUGCUUCAGAAGCCGCUGCGGCCAGUGAGUCAACACCUGCUGAAACUCCAGCCGCUCCAGUACAGGAUAAAAGAGAAGUUGCCGAAGACGAAUACCUAGAUCCUAACAAACUUUUAUUGUUUAAGCACUGGAUAAGGCCAAAAUUUCUACAGUAUAAAUAUCUAUACGACUACAGACAUAAUUACUACGAUGACAUUAUCGACUAUUUAGACAAAAGGCAAAGAGGAUUUCGUCGAGAAAUACCACAUCCACAAACAUGGGCUGAACGUACACUUCGUACAUACAGCAGCCAGCUUAACAAGAUUGAGAGUUUUAGAAGACUCGUGGAUGACACAAAACUUGUAACUGAGACUAAAAUUAGUGGCGCUUUUCAUCUUUAUCAUUCAAAAAAUUAUAUUAACCGGCGAUACUCUUCGAUACUGGUUUAAGAACAUGGUUGAGCAAUGAGUUAUGCGAAACAUAUGAGUUGUUAAGUAACUAUACAUUUUUAAUUGUUGUCUAAGUUAUGACGACAUUUACUUAUAAUGGUCCCAUUUUAUUUAAAAAGUAAAUUGGAUUAUUAUUAACUGA